GAUGUUUUGACCCGCAGGCUUUCGGCUCCUGCUCCUUUAUAAGUGAGUUCCACUCAGUUUCCGGCAUUUAUUUUCACUCUCUAAGCUCACCAAAGACCAUGAACAGUUUGCUGGGAGCCACCGCCCGGUGUGUGCGGUCCGGGGCCGCGUUGUUUCUGUCCGGACCGGUGGGCCCGCGGCCGGCCUCGGCGCGGCUCCUGUGCGCGGCAGCGGACCUCCAGAAGGACCUUGGGGACAUGGUGAAGAAGGACAAGGUGGUGGUCUUCAUGAAGGGGACGCCGGCUCAGCCUAUGUGCGGCUUCAGUAACGCCGUGGUGCAGAUCCUCCGCAUGCACGGAGUGGACAACUACGCGGCUUACAACGUGCUGGAGGACCAGGACCUGAGACAAGGAGUGAAAGAGUUCUCCAACUGGCCCACCAUCCCUCAGGUGUACUUCAACGGCGAGUUCGUGGGCGGCUGCGACAUCCUGCUGCAGAUGCACCAGAACGGGGACCUGGUGGACGAGCUGAAGAAGCUCGGCAUCAACUCGGCGCUGCUGGAUGCCGACAAGGAGUCCAAGUGAGGCGGGACAGAGGACACGCUGAUCGGGGUGACGCCCUCCACCUCCAUCUCCACCUUCUGAACCCAGAGAGGAAGUGACGGGAGGAGGAGGAGCAGAGAUCGGACAACAGCAACACCUUCAUACUUUCAUAGUUGUUUUAAAAUCUUUUUCACGCGGCUUCGUUAUCUCCUCUCUCCUCUCCUCCUCCAAACCUCUGUUUUCACGCCGGCGCCCACUGGAAACGCAACAAACUCGGCCGGAUGCGCUGCAUGUUUCUCCCGAAGUGGACGGAUUCACCGCAGGCCGGACUGAAGCAGCCCGUCUCCGUCUGUUACAGCGGUCCAGAGCCUGCAGUGUUCACCACUGAAGGGAAACCAAAGUGUUUCUCCUGCUGUAUAAUCCAAGCAACGAUGAUCUAGUAUCUGUAAGAUAUUAUUGUACAUUGAAGGCUUAAUAUUAAAUGUAUUUUAGAUGUAAACCCUGCACCGAUUAAAUAUUUUGUGACACAGAC